GCGCGUGGAUCGCGCGCGCCCUCUCGCGCCCCACCCAGGAAGUGACCUCACCCGCCAUGGCCAUGGUUACGGGGCCGUUUAAUAAUGACGGUGCAGGCCGUCUGAACUUCCCGACUGUUUAGCACCAGGUCACGGCGCUGGUUAAUAUUGGAUCAGUACUGUCCGGGAUGACCUCGUACUUCGAAGAGCAUAACUGUGAGCCCACAAAUCCCGAAGAGCAGUACCGACAGAAUGCCCUCCUCGAACUGGCCAGGUCUCUGAUGCAGGGUUUGGAGAUAGACUCCGGAUCGUUGGAUGCCUCUGACUGGGACCAGCGGCUGCCUCCUCCCGCGGCGAGAGCGGUGGUGCAGAGCCUGCCUCUGGUCGUCAUAUCCCCGCAGCAAGCAGACAGGGGAGUGAAGUGUCCCGUGUGCCUGCUGGAGUUCGAGGAACAGGAGACGGUACGGCAGAUGCCCUGUGAACACCUCUUCCACUCCAGCUGUAUUCUGCCCUGGCUGGGCAAGACCAAUUCAUGUCCGCUGUGUCGAUUCGAAUUGCCCACCGACAACCCGGACUAUGAGGAGUUUAAAAAGGAUAAGGAGCGGCGAAAACAAAGAGAGUAUCGGCUGGAGGAUCUCCACGGAGCCAUGUACACUUGACCUUGUUGACUCACACACACGCACAAAUUUCAGGGCUUCUUUGACAUGCUGCCUUGUCAGAUAUCUGUCAUAUGACAUGUGUUAGUAGACUAAAAUGGGACAAUUCUGUGAAAGUGAUAUUUUCCUUUUACUUGAAAACAACUUGUAAGCAUGUAAAGAUUAUUUUGUAUGCAAAUGCAUUGUUGUUUGUCCUAACUUUUAAAAUGUAGAGAUUACACUUAUUUUAAUGCAUUGUUUAAUGUUCAAUAAGAAUUUCCUUAAAAGAUGCAUCAAAUUGCAGAUAAAAAUUGGCACCAUCUUUAAUCAUCAA